GAAGUUUUUAGAUGUUAAAUUGUUUUCCCUGGAGACGGUGGGGAUGCCCUCUUUAAGGGGCAUUGAUACCAAGUGAAGACUGUUCUGGAAACUUCUGAACAAACGUAGAGACUUGAGAACCAGACAAAACCAGAAAGAGAUUCAUAAUGUCGACCAGUCAGGGGAUGCAACAGGACGGUGUCUAUAACUACUUCCUCAACAUGGUGGCCUACCAGGUCUGUUGCUGCUGUGGCCCCGCCCCCUGCUCCCUGUGCUGCUCCUUCUGCCCGCCCGUCAAGUCGUCGCUGAGCACGCGGGUCAUGUACACGCUCUUCCACGUCAUGGCCUGUGCCAUCUCCUGCCUCAUGCUGUCUCGCACCGUGUCCGAGGCCGUCCGGGAGAAUGUGCCUUUCUUCAACAUGGUGUGCGACCAGGCCCAUGGAGGAGGGCACUGUGAGAUGCUGGUGGGAUACUCAGCCGUCUACAGAGUCUGCUUCGGCACCGCCUGCUUCUACCUGAUGAUGGCGCUGUUCCUGAUCGACGUCAAGUCCAGCCAGGACUUCAGAGCUCUCAUACAUAAUGGGUUCUGGUUUCUGAAGUUCAUCACCCUUCUGGGGAUGUGCACUGCUGCCUUCUUCAUCCCCACAGAAUCCUUCCUGCACGCCUGGCAUUACGUAGGUGUGGUGGGAGGAUUUGCCUUCAUCCUCAUCCAACUCAUCCUCAUCACAGCGUUCGCCCACACCUGGAACAAGAACUGGUUGACAGGAGCAGCAGAGAACAAGCGCUGGUACCUGGCCGUGUUGUGUGCCACGCUCUUCUUCUACACCAUUGCCACCAUGGCCUUCACCUUCAUGUACAAGUACUACACCCACCCCAUCGCCUGCCACUUCAACAAGGUCCUGCUCUGGACCAACCUGGCCCUGUGUGGCAUCAUGUCCUUCAUCGCGGUCACACCCUGCGUGCAACAGAAGCAGCCUCGCUCAGGCCUCCUGCAGGCUUCCAUCAUCAGCUGCUACGUCAUGUACCUCACCUUCUCAGCCCUGGCCAGCCGCCCGCCAGAGAAAGUGGUGUACCAGGGGGUGAACAUGACCGUGUGCUACCCUAACGUGGGCCAAGAUGGCAUCCAGACAGAGGGCAACGCCGUGGCCAUCAUCGGCGCUGCCAUCAUGUACUGCUGUGUGCUGUUUGCAUGUAACGAGGCCUCCUACCUGGCAGAGGUGUUUGGUCCCUUCUGGAUGAUCAAAGUUUACCGUUACGAGUUCCAGAAAGCCACCUGCUGCUUCUGCUGCCCCGAGGAGGAGGAAGAGGAGGAAUGUGUGAUCGAUGAUGAGAGUAAAGGCUGUCAGAAGGUGAUUCACAACGAGAGCCAGAGAGUCGCCUAUAGCUACUUCUUCUUCCACUUUGUCUUCUUCCUGGCUUCGCUCUACGUCAUGAUGACACUGACCAACUGGUUCAGCUAUGAGUCAGCCGUCCUGGAGACCACGUUCACCCACGGCAGCUGGUCAACGUUCUGGGUGAAGAUGUCGUCCUGCUGGGCGUGCGUGGUCCUGUACCUCUGGCUGCUGCUAGGCCCGGUCUGCCGCUGCCAGUCCGACUCGCGCUCCAGACCUCGCCGCUCACGCAUCAAACGCCGCACCGCGUCCUCCCGCCACGUCAGCGUCACAGUCUGACCUCCCGACUUUGACCUCCUCCCUCCCGCCCCCCCCCCCCCCGCAGGACGGCUUAGAGGGGCCGGAGAGGGUGCGUCUGGAGCAGGGGGAAACCCCAUGCCCUCCCUGUGCAUCCUACACGAGGGGGUCAGGAGUCAUGUCAGAGACUCAUACUGCAAUGAGGAAGGACUGAACCAAUCAGAACACUGCUCUAAGGGUCCGUCACCCUGUAAAAACAGCAUGUGACCAGCCUGAUGAGGCUCUAAGCUCAAA